CCGUCAGGCUGUGUUGAUGUUUUGUGGAGUGGACGCUGCUGGAGAGAAGAAGAGAAGAAGAGGAGGAGGAAGAGGAGCCGCGUUUUGUUUUUGUUCAACUAAACCGUCGAAGAGAAGCCGCGUCGUUCAUCCCCGUCGGCCGCUUCGGUUCGUUGGGACUCUAAGGUCGGCGAUUGGAGCCAAACGGGCCGGAGCCGGAGGACGAAAACACCGAAACAUUUGAUCCAGAAAGGAGAGAAGCAAAGGGAGGACUCGUCACCCGCUGACCCGCUGCUGCCUCCUCUCACACACACACCGACACACAGCCAUGACGAUCCUCCCGAAGAAGAAGCCCAGCUCUGGGGUGGGUGUCUCGGACCACGCUGAUGACAGUCGGAGCGGCUCGGACCCGCACCAGCACCCGCACCCUCACGCGGGUCGCACCGGAGCCCGACCGAGAGCCUCCCCUCCGCCGUGGUCCUACCAGCCCGCUCCGCCCUCCGCUAGGGACGACCGGCGGAGCAUCGAGGCGAGCUCCCGGCCGCAGCAGGCCUCUCCGCCGCCCGUCGGCUCCUCCGCGUCCCCGGUGGGGCCGGGCGACGGCAGCGGAGGAGUGGGGAUGGGCAUGGUGAUGGUGGCCGGAGCCCGUGGGGAGCUCGUUGUGUCGGCUGGAGGCGGUGUCGGCUGCGGCGGAGGAGGUGGCGGAGGAGGAGGCGGCGGCAUCGGCAGCUGCUGCUCAGGGCCCGGGUUGAGCAAGAGACGGCGGCAGCAGGCAGGCACCUGCUCCGGUAGUAGUGGAGGAGGAGGUAGUGGUGGUGUAGUGGCGGCUCUGGCCGGAGGAGGCCAGCCCGGUGUGACCGGACCGGGAGGAGUCGGCUCCAGCCAGGAGACGGAGGAAGGAGCCGGGAACAACAGCGAGGACGAGUACGAGAACGCCGCCCGGCUGCAGUCCAUGGACCCGGCGACCGUGGAGCAGCAGGAGCACUGGUUUGAAAAAGCUCUGAGGGAAAAGAAAGGCUUUGUCAUCAAGAAGAUGAAGGAGGACGGAGCGUGUCUGUUCAGAGCCGUGGCUGACCAGGUGUACGGAGACCAGGACAUGCAUGAAGUGGUCAGGAAACACUGUAUGGACUACCUGAUGAAGAACGCCGACUAUUUCUCCAACUACGUGACAGAGGACUUCACCACAUACAUCAACAGGAAGAGGAAAAACAAUUGCCACGGCAACCACAUCGAGAUGCAGGCGAUGGCCGAGAUGUACAACAGGCCGGUGGAGGUGUACCAGUACAGCACAGAGCCAAUCAACACGUUCCACGGCAUCCACCAGAACAACGACGAGCCAAUCAGAGUGAGCUACCACCGCAACAUCCACUACAACUCAGUGGUGAACCCCAACAAGGCCACGAUCGGGGUCGGACUGGGACUGCCCGCCUUCAAACCAGGGAGGACCCCCCCACCCCAACCCCCCCGUCCUCAGUACGCGGAGCAGACGCUGAUGAAGUCGGCCAUCAAGACGUCAGAGGAGUCGUGGAUCGAGCAGCAGAUGUUGGAGGACAAGAAGAGAGCGACAGACUGGGAGGCGACCAACGAGGCCAUCGAGGAGCAAGUGGCCCGGGAGUCCUACCUGCAGUGGCUGCAGGACCAGGAGAAACAGGCCAGACAGCCCCGUAAGGCCACCGCAACCUGCAGUUCGGCGACAGCAGCGGCCUCCAGUGGACUGGACGACUGGAGCGCCCGGUCGCCACGGCAACGUGACUCCGACCCCUCCCACUCCCAUUCCCACUCCGACCUCCCGGCUGCCCCGUCGACCAACAACAAGCCUCCCUCCCCCGCCGGAGCCGCCCUCAUCCUGAGCAAACCGCCCUCGCCCUGCGCACCAGGUCCCAGUAAUCAGAGUCGUCAUCAUUUGGAGUACAGAGCCAUCAUGCAGGAGAUGUCACCUACAGCGUUUGGUCUGACAGACUGGGAGGACGAUGAGAUUCUGGCGUCGGUGCUGGCCGUCUCCCAGCAGGAGUACAUGGACAGCAUGAAACACCAGAGCUCCGCCGCCAUGCAUCGAGAGAGAGAGCCGUCACCCGACAGCAGCUGAUAGCCGGCCGACACACAACAACACACACAAACAACACAACGAUGACCUUUGACCCUCCCCAACCCCCCUUCACCUCUGACCCCCCAGAAGGAGAUCGACCAGGGAAAAAAAUAAAACAUCAAACAAAGAAAUGCACACUUGUUUUUUUCUGCAGACGUUUUAACUCAUCCGCUCAUCGUCUCCUCUUCCCUUCCUUCCUUCCCUGUUUCCUUCCCUCCUUUCCUCUCUGUCUCAUCUUUCCCAUGAUACCCUCCUUCCAGCCAAUACUUCACCUCAAGUCUUACUAUGUUUUAAAGCUAGUUCCUGCUAACACCGCUAACUGGUUAGCUUAGCUGUCUAUAGCAGAAUGGUUUCCCGCUCAUUCUCACUGCUCUCGUAGCUCCCACUGGCGGCCACUUUGUGUCGAGCAACACACUUUCCAUCUUCAUCUGGGGAAAAAUAUCUACAGCCAGCACUGACUUCACAGUCUGGAACACCUCCUCUCUCUUUCUCCUUGUUGUCCUCCUCCUCCUCCUCUUCCUCAACACCACCAUUACUUCCUUCAUCAUCAUCGUCAUCAUCAUCAUCAUCGGACUUAUUUAGCUGCAUGUUUAAUCGACCACGACCAAUAUCAUCAUAGAGAAAAAGCGACAAAUAAAAAAAGGAGAUAAAAAAA